GUUUCUUUUCUCGAUAGGGGAGGCUUCAGGGUUCUGGUGCUUCUCCUCCCCUUGCGCUGUUCUUGAGUAUUUUAUGACCCUUUCUAUGUAUGCGUUCGGCCUUUCUCGAUACAAUUCCAAUCCCCCCACUCCGUCAGUUGGAGGCUGUACCUGCAUCUCGAGUCACCUCCGCAUUAUCUUCCCAGUAACUGCUUUUCUGCCCCCGCCAUAGGAAGGUACUUCCACGCCUUCACCUGAGAAAGCAGAAAGAAUAAUGUCGGGCAAUCCUAGUCAGGCUCCUACCUCUUCUAUGAAAGCGGUGAAUAUUCCGAGCCAGCCAGUCUCUGCGACGUUCACCUCUUCUUCAUUUGAUAGCGGCUCUCCGCGGUCUCAGCGGCGCCCGGGAGGUUCUGGCAGUUUUGGAGCCGGCUUAACAUCUCAGUUCAGAAGCUCGGGCUCUCCUAGGAACAAUCAGGCUCUCAAGAGUCAGCACAAGCGACAGAGGCGUCCCCGGUUGUUAGAUGAUGAGGAUUAUAGCGAAUCGGCCAUCAUGAGAUCUACAACCAGUCGCAAGGGACAGACGUCCAUCACCCAUCUGAUGAAUUUCUCUCUCCCGCCUCGUCCUCAGUACAACCCUCCACCCCGCAAUCCUCGCCGCUAUACAUCUUGGGGCCCAGGCUCUGGAUACCAUGCGAUGGACAAAUCCCGCUAUGUUCAUGCGAACUAUCGCUUUAUCGUGGCACCCAACCGCAACUACCAUGCACAGGCAGCCAAUGCUGAUGUGCACCUAGAUUGGGAUUCAGUGCUGCAGGUCUUGGUAUCAGCUCAAACGCAGUCAGCCAGUUGCCCCAUCUGUUUGUCCACUCCCGUUGCACCACGAAUGGCUCGCUGUGGUCACAUAUUCUGUCUCUCUUGUCUGAUUCGCUACAUGCAUUCGACUGACGAAGAGAAUCCGGUUCCGGAGAAGAAGCCGCGUUGGAAAAAGUGUCCUAUCUGUUGGGAUUCCAUCUACAUCUCGGAGACGCGGCCUGUGCGAUGGUUUCGUGGUCAGGAGGGUGAUCUCCCAUUUGAGGGAGGUGAUGUAGUCCUGAGGCUAGUGAAAAGAGAACCAGGCAGCACUCUAGCGCUGCCUCGGGAUGGGGCUGAGGACAUUGCGCCAGAGGAGGAUGUUCCGUGGUAUCAUGCUGCAGAAGUAGCUGACUACGCGCGCAUAAUGAAAGGAGGCGAGGAGUACAUGAAAGCUCAGUACGACAUUGAGAUUGAUGAGCUCCGCAUGCAGGAGCGUGAAGAUGAACUUCUAUUCGGAGAUGAUACCACUUGGACUCAGAAGGCGGUCGCUGCGAUUCGCGACGCCAAGUCUAAGAUAGAGGGUAUGGGGAAUCCGCCUGACAUUACGCGACAGCCCGUGCAGACCAAGCAAGCAAAGGAGCCUAUCGCAUUACAGUCCCCGCCAGAGGAAAUUGCUGCCAUGUAUGAAUCACAGCAUGCAACCAAGUCAGGUCAAAGUUCGUCUGCGGAAUCUAUCCCCGCCUCAGAUGUUGGUCCCGGCUCAGCCUCGACGCCGGGUACGUCCAAUGACAUGGAUCGUACAACUGAGGCCUUGGGCAAGAUUGACUUGAAUUCGACUUCUAACUCUAAGAAGAAGCAAAGAGACCCUGGACACAGCCGAAACCACAUGCCCUCAACACGAGGCCCUCACACAUCUGAUCACCCGUUCUUCUUCUAUCAAGCCCUACCUCAGUUCUAUCUUUCGCCCUUAGACAUUCGCAUUCUAAAAGCUGCAUUUGGUGACUAUUCUUCGUUUCCGGCCACCAUUCUCCCAAGGGUUGAACACAUCUCCACCGGUCAUAUCGUUGAUGAGGAGCUGCGCAAACGCGUGAAAUAUCUCAGCCAUCUUCCGCAGGGUUGCGAGGUGAAUUUCCUCGAGUGUGAUUGGAGGGAUGUAGUCGUCCCGGAGGUUCUAGGGACUUUCAAAUCGGAAACGGAAAGAAGACGGAAACGUAAUAAGGAGAAAGAGGCGCGGGAAGAGAAAGAUCGGAUUCGAGCUGAGAAGAAAGAAGACGAAGAGCGUUGGGCAGCAGCGCGCCGGAAGAGACCCAGUAUCGGUGGUAUUAGCAAUGACCAUGCUCCCUUCUCCGACCGGGAUUUCCAGCCGUUAGCAGGCGCUGUUGGCGAGCCAUCUGGCAUGGAUAUGGGGUCCUCUUCCGCAUCUCUUCCACAGGCGUCCCAUUUUGGCGCUCUGGCUUCACCCUCUACGAGUCCCCCCGGAUCUCGUACUGUGUGGGGAACAACUGCUGUACCGGCGCUUUCGGCUCCAUCGGGCUCACAACAAGGCCCUGCUGAUGGCUGGCUCAAAGGCUGGGAGGAGGAGUUGUGGGCCCAGCAAGAGAGAGAAUUGAUGGCUCAAUCUGCUGCCGAGGCGAGCAACCCCACCCCUGCUGCUUCUGGCGGAAAAAAGAAAAAGAACAAAAAAAUCACGCUCAUGGCGACCAAUAUCCAGAGAGGAGCUUAACAGGGCGCAAACGCUUUAACUGCUUCAAUGACCGGCUUUUGGCGAUCAUUAUCUGUCAUUUUCUUUGUGCGCGCUUCCGGUUCGUGAUCGUCUUUUUCUCAUUUAUACUUACGAGCAUUAUGUUAUAAUCAUCUUUGGGAGGUACUUGCAGAUACACUCUGGGAGGAGCAUGGGUAAGGAGUCGAAGUUGUUCUACGAGAUCUGAUGGCCAUAUAUGUGUACGAAUUAUCAUUAUUAGAAUUUGAUGGAGAACUAUAUAGACACGCCA